AUGGAGAACGAAGACGUAGUGAAGGACAUGGGAUUCAGAAAAGGAGAAAAAACAGAGAAACUGAAUCCAUCAUGUCUGUUUCCUGGACUAUCAGCAUCAGGCCACCGGUCGUCUGAAAAAAGCAAGUUGUUGGUUAUCGGCGUCGGGCUGAUGCGAACAGGAACGACGAGCUUGAAGAAGGCAUUAGAAAUGCUUUAUGACCGCCCGUGUUAUCACAUGUCCGACGUCUUUGGUUGCCACAAAGAAGCACAUAUCAAGGCGUGGUUGUGGGCAUUUGACCAAACCGCAAUAACGGCGGGCCACAUCCCACGCGAAUUUUGGGAUGCGGUAUACGGAAAUUGCUGUGCAGCGAUAGACUACCCGACGUGUGCAUUCUAUAAACAGUUAAUGGAUGUCUAUCCGGAAGCCAAGCCCAAGUGGUUAGAGCGCGAAUUUACUGACCGGAAGGUCCGUGGUUCGAAUCCGACCUCCGCCUCUCGACUUCCCCUGUCUAGGCUUGGGCAACCUGGCAGUAUCCCAGCCCUCCUUAUUCUGACAGCACGAGCACCAACGGAUUGGUUGAAAAGUUGUCGUGCAACAAUGCUAUCAGCGGAUAUGUUGAAAAAGCCCACGUUUGGAGAUCGGCUGACCUAUUGGCGUCGGGGAAUUCUUCACCUGCCAGAACUACACCACACCAUGUUUGCCAGAACGCUGGGGUCAGAGUACAGAACAAUGACAGAUGGGGAGCUGAUCACGUCAUACUCUAAUUGGAUUAACGAAGUUGAACGAAGCGUAGAUCGCAAUCGCCUUCUUAUAUUCCAGCCUGAGGCUGGAUGGGGACCGCUAUGCAAAUUUUUGAAUCUCCCACAACCUGAUAUUACCUAUCCUCAUUUGAACAAGAGAGACCUCAUGGUCGGGGUUCUUACUGAAUUGAUUAACGAAGGAAAAUUAAUUGAAAAAAUUAUUCUUUGUCUGGCAGCAACUCUCGUAUGCGCAAUUUCGGGCGCUCUUUUACGUGUGACCGUGCUUUAA